GUAACAAUAAUAAUAAAUUAGUGAAAAAAAUGUCGGAAGAGGCUCCAAGCACAUCCGUCUUUGGCUUUAAGAAGCGCAACAUCAAUAGAGGAGCUGCCAUGCGACGUAAAAAAGCCAGCAGCAGCAGCGGCGGCGACAGCAGCAACAACAAUUCUGGACACAGCAGUGAUGAUGAUCAGCAAAAGCAAAAACUGAGCGCUGUGGUUCGUGCUGAGCAUCGACGCAAACGUACAAAUCCCAAUUUCCAGAGCACCAAAACGCUGGCCAAAAGAGAACGUCAUAGUGAAAAGAAUGACGACGAGCAGUCCAGUGGGGCGGACGAUGCGGCGGUGGAGGUAGGCGUGGCGUACAAAUCAAAGCGUCAAGCCUUGCCCAGUGGGCCGCAAGAUCAGGGUGCCACGGCUAUCAAUGAGGUCGAAACGGAACUUGACCGCGAUGCGCAGGCAAUACACGCGCGCUCUUUAAAGAUUAACGAGGAGCUGGAAGGCAAGGCGGACGACAAGAUCUAUCGAGGCAUUAACAACUAUGCGCAAUACUACAAGAAGCAGGACACUGCAGCAGGAAAUGCUAGUUCGGGUAUGGUGCGCAGAGGUCCAAUAAGAGCGCCGGCCCAUCUGCGUGCGACUGUACGUUGGGACUAUCAGCCGGACAUUUGCAAGGACUACAAGGAGACGGGCUACUGUGGCUUUGGUGAUAGCUGCAAGUUCCUGCACGAUCGCAGCGAUUACAAGGCGGGAUGGCAAAUGGAAAUGGACCAUGAAGCACAGCAGCGUGGCGAUUGUGAGUCGGAUGAUGGGGAUGACCACAAGUAUGAGAUACACUCGGACGAGGAGUCCUUGCCCUUCAAGUGCCACAUUUGCAGACAAAGUUUUGUCAAUCCUGUGAUGACGAAAUGCAAGCAUUACUUUUGCGAGAAAUGCGCUCUGGCUCAGUACAAAAAGUCUCAACGUUGCGCUAUAUGUACGGUACAAACCCAUGGAAUAUUUAAUCCUGCCAAGGAGUUGAUAGCACGAUUAAAAAGCGCGCCUUCAAAUGAUGGUGAUGAUGACGACGAAGACGACGAUGAUGAUGAAGAUGAUGAUGGUGAUAUUGGUGGUGGGAAGCAUAAGCAUGUGGAGCAGGAGGUGCAUCAGAUUUCUGAUACUGAGAGUGAUUAGUUUAAAUUAUAAGAUUUUACAUUUUAAAUAAAACAAGAUCGUAGU